UAGAGAAAGGUAAAUAAUAAUAAAUUUGAUCCUAAAAUCGAUAUUUCUGUCUAUUUUAUGCAGUGUUAGUUGUUCAAUCGUAUAAAUUAAAUUUACUAGAUACAAUGCCUCAGAUAUGCUGUUGGCUCUAAGGGCAGAACCAUCGGGGAAAUUUCAAAACUUCUGUCGGAUGUCAUCAGAAGAUUUUGAAUUUAUUCUUACUAAAAUUGGACCGAAAAUCAGCAAACAAGACACUAACAUGAGGAAGGCAAUACCGAUUCAAGAGCGUUUGGCAGUCACUCUCCGAUUCCUGGCUACAGGUGAUAGCUUUGUGAGCUUGGAAUACCUAUUUAAGAUAUCACAUCAAUCAAUAAGCCGCAUCGUACCGGAAGUUUGCCUAGCUAUUAUUGAUGCACUGAAAGAUGAAAUAAAAGUAGGUACCUAA